AGAAAAAGGGGGAAUCCUAUCCGAUGCCAAAGGGUUAAGCCGUCAAUUGUUGUCAGCUUGUCCCUCCGUCUCUUUCCCUUUUCUCUCUGUGGCUUUCAAAUUUCAACCAUUAUUUUUCACGAGGGGGAAAGAUAAUUUAUAGCAAUUUGUUCCUCCCAUUUUUAUAUGAAACUUUUGCAAUAUCUCCUAUUUGAUGUCCCGUUUUCUGGAUUAAAAUACGACACAUCAUUCCAAAAUUACUAAUAAAGAGAAAGGUUGCUUUAUUCUUAAGUAGGAGAGGCAAAGAACUUUUGGCAAACCAUAUGGAGGAUGAUAAAAAGACCACCUACAAGGAUUAUUACAAGGUUCUUGAAGUAGAAUAUGAUGCAUCCGAUGAGACGAUCAGAUUAAACUAUAGAAAACUUGCACUGAAGUGGCAUCCUGACAAACACAAGUGUAAUGAUGCAGUAACCGCUAAAUUUCAAGAGAUUAAUGAAGCUUAUACGGUGCUAAGUGAUCCUGAUAAGAGACUUGAUUAUGAUUUAAACGGAAACUAUGAGAUAAAUGAUUAUACCUUGCCAGAAUAUCUAUCCAGAUUCAAAGGGAUGAUACUUACCUCUAAUGGGCUUGGUAUGAGUUCAGUCUGGUCAGAGCAAUUAACAGAAUUUAACAAGUUGAUGGACAAAUGAAAGAAGGUGAUCAUUUUUUUCUCUUCACAUCCAUUGUCUUUCCUAUAGUACCUCGCUUACCCCCACGGAUGUUAAUGGUUGUAACAUUGUGUUAUUGACGAGAUUUUAUGUACUAAAGUUGAAUAUUCAUAAUCUCGCACAAAGGUUUUCCAGGGCAACCAUGCUUGUAUGUAACUGACAGGAUAUCUGUACUCAGAAACUUUUACAGUUAUCAUGAUUUGGUAUUUACUGGAUGCCCUUUAGACUUCUUGUAAAAUGUAGAUUCUGUAACAAGUGUAUUGGAAGAUCCGAAGAUAGGAUUGCGACCUUCUUCCCUUCCUCAAGGUUGUAUCAAUUCACAUGGUUAUAUAUUGAUGCUGACUGAA